GGGCUCAGCGCCCAGCACACCGCGACCCCAAGUACCUAUUGGACCAACGCCUUCCUAGGAGGUGCCCCAAACAGAUAAAGGGACGGCAGGGUUUUCUAGCAUUUUCUUCCACGCACAGAGUCCAGCUGUGUGGCAAGAAGCAGCCCUGGGCCAGCUCCGGGUGGGGGGAGGUCGUCCUGGGGUUUGGAGGGACAGAGGAACUUCCUGCCUCAGCAGCCUGUCCCAGGAGGCCCCGAGCCGCGCAGAGACCCCCACAUGCUCCAUCACCAUUCCCAACAGCCCUCUGGAGACCGGCACGCUAAGACCAGCUCAAAAGAAAGAGAACGCUGGAUGUCGCUCAAGAGAACAUCCGGACUGGGUGAGAUGUAAGACCAGGAAAGACUGCCUUCCACCCAACACCCCCGGGGCGGAGCAGAGCGGAAUAUGGGACCCGCGGAAAGGAUACGCAAGACAGGUGGGGAAACGGAGGCUCCCCCAGGGCUGGCCGCUGCUACAGACCGAGCUAUAUGGCCCUCCGUAGCUACUGCUGCUCCUGGGCCCUGGGGGCUCUGCAUACGUUGUUUGGCUCAAUUUUCACGGUGCCUAGCAGGCUCCGGAAGGCGCAGGUCACAGCGGGUGGCAGGCUGGGACUCCAGUCUGGGUCUUUCUGCCAGUCCGAGCUCUUCCGUCCAGACCGCACUGCCCCCAACGGUCCCCUAUGACUUUUACAACCGACUUGCAAAGGGGUGUUUGCUCCUAGCACGGAGCGGGAAACCGAGGCCCAGAGUGAAAGGAAACAUACAAGCUUCCCUCCUCCACUUGGACGGUGGGGUGUGGUUCCUGGGGUCGCCUUUGUGCGCCCCUGGCGUGGGCAGGCUGGGCUCACGCGGGCUGCAGCGAGCACGGGUUGGCCCCAGGCCCAGACCUCUGCUGGAAUCUGUUUCCAGAUGUCAGGAGGCACUGCCUGGGAGACAGUGGGAACAGCGCCCCCUGCUGCUCGUGCUCCUUCCUUGCCUCCCGCUCAGCGAACCAGGACCACCACCAGGAGCUUGGGGCGGGGGAGGCUAUGGGACCCCUUCCGGGGCAUCUGAGUCUCUCCCGGAGCCCUGCCCUCCCGUGGGUGCGCGUUCCUCGAAGGGUGGCGCUUUAAGGAAAGCAGAGGCUCCACUGUCAGGACCUACAGGGAACGGGAGGCAGGUUGUCCAGCCUUCACGACUGGGCUCUGCAGGUGUCCCCGGGCACCCGGCCAGGCCCUCUCUGGUCCGCCACUGUCAUCCGCUCUCCGACACCGCCCACAAAUGCUGGGCACUAUUUUGUUGGCAUAAAUGUGUCAUCCAUUCGUGUGCAUUUACUCCCCCUCACCGCUCCCAUGUUUAAGGCUCUUCGUGAGCAAGAACAAGAAAAAAAGAGAAAAGAGAAACAGAGCAAAGCAAAUAAAGGGGGGGGGGGGGAAGAAACAUAAUGGGAAGCCAGAAAUGAGGGUAAUAUGCAAACUGUUAUUACCACAAGAGGAUAUUUUUAGCGCAUGCCCAUAAAUUUGUCUCCGAGCUUCCUGGUAGCCAGGGCAAAGAGGGAAACGUGAUGUCCAUGUGAUGGAAACGAGCCCAUUAUCCCAAGCAGCCUAUUUUUUCUCACCGUCGAGGAGAGAAGGGUCCCCCGGGGAGCCUCAGAAAGAAGAUGCUGCUGACGUCCUGACAGCACGCUCCGCGGUGGGGCCUGUGUGGCUCCUCGUGCAGUAUUCCUCGGUGGGGACCCGGGCCAACACAGCUCAGGGAUCCCGCGAGACGCUCCAUUGGUCAGCAGGCGUGACCUGCAUUCUCCUGGGGGUUUGCCACUCCUUCGGCACUGGGGCCUGCGCUUGGCAGAAAGUUGUAGAAGCUAAGUCGGGAGCAGGGGCUGAGAUCCUGAGGUUGGUGGGAAGCACCUCGCCCGCCCACUCAUGAGCACACCUGCCCCACGCCAGGCCUCCGCAGGUGCCACACGGCCACAGGCAAAGAGAUCCAUGAACCCUUGUUCCGUGAACGGGCUGGGCUCAGCCCAUGUAGUUUGGGGCACACAAGACACCAGGGCAAGAAGGUUCUAGAAGAGGGGAGAGGGUCUGUGGGGACUGAGGGCCCUGGGAACUGUGUAGCAAGGGCCACAGAUGCUGCCGUGGGACCGUCUAAGAAAACGUAG